AUGGCUGGCCCAGCUUCAAUGUCCAGCGCCAACGCGGAAUCAGCCAGGAGAAGUGAGCAGAAGAAAAGAAGAGAAAAAGAUCUCCGUCCAACUACCCCUACUCAAAAGGCUGAGGCCCAAAUGACAUCCGCGCGCCUUGUCGGUAUCACGCACGACUCGGAGCCGGAGCCUUGGCAAACCGUAUCUGCUGAUAUCAAGACGCUUCCUGACGCCGCAGUCAUCUACACCCGCCAUCACGGCUUCUUCACUGUGCCACCGCCUCGCGUCAUCCGAAACAUCAACCAGCGUCACAGUACCAGCUAG